CUUGCGUUUUCUCCAUUUUAUCCCGGCUGACGUAUGCUAAGUCAAAAAGAAAAAGAUCAAAACAACAAAACAUGUUUUAGACGAUCUGCUUUGCUUGGCAACAAAAUAAACAGCAUUUUAUUUAAAAGAGAAAGUACGGUUCGUAAUGGCCAGUCCAGAUGAUCGUUAUGCAUUUAUUGCAGAAUGGUAUGAUGCUCACGCUGCUCUGGUCCGGAGGUAUCAAUUUCUAUUCUAUGCCAAAGAUGCAACAAUUGAAAUGUUUGAUAUAAAGAACAGACGUUUAUUUUUAAAACGCUCACGGUUCGAAGAACUUUCAAUGAAAGAUUUGUACAUUGGUGCCAUUAUCAAUAUCCAUGCCAGACAGCUUAAAAUAACUGACUAUGCCGACCAAUUUACAAGAAAUAAACUUGAGAGGACAACAUCGAAGACUUAUGCUAUGAUUAAACCAGAUGCAGUGGGCCGUGCUGGUGAAAUAUUGAACAGAAUACAUGAAGAAAAUUUUAUUGUUUGUCAAGCAAAAAAAAUGUCAUUAACUAGAUCAGAAGCCACAAAAUUCUAUGUUGAACACGAUGGAAAGCCAUUUUUUGAAAAACUGCUUGAUUUUAUGACCAGUGGCCCAGUGAUUGCGAUUGAGUUGAUGGGUGUGAACUGUGUAAAAAGGUGGCGAGAUCUUCUAGGUCCCACGAAUACUGCAAAAGCCAAAGAAGAUGCGCCCUAUUCUAUACGGGCGGUAUAUGGAACAGAUGCCACUAAAAACGCAUGCCAUGGUUCCGAUUCUGAUGAAUCAGCAAGAAGGGAAAUUGAAUUCUUUUUUGGACCAGCGUCGCCUCGUGUAUCAGCGACAUUUAACAACUGUACGUUAUGCAUCAUAAAACCUCACGCAGUUGCUGGUGGCUUAGCAGGGAACAUUAUUACAGCUAUUUACAAAGCCGGCUUUCAAGUAUCCACACUUCAGAUGUUUAGAUUGGAGAAAGCAAAUGCGGAGGAGUUUUAUGAAAUUUAUAAAGGAGUUGUAAACGAGUACAUGCCAAUGGUGGACGAAUUAUGUAACGGUGCUUGUAUCGCCAUGGAAAUUACGAAAGACAAGAAUGUUGCAACGAACUUUCGUGAAUUAGUCGGUCCUUCCGACCCGGAAAUAGCUCGGCAUUUAAGAAGUCAGACGCUGAGAGCACGGUUUGGAAUUGAUAAAAUAAAAAAUGCUGUUCAUUGUACAGAUUUACCUGACGAUGCCUUACUUGAGGUCGAAUACUUUUUCCGAAUUUUGAACUCAUAGGCUAUUUGACAUCAGAACGUUGUAUAGUUGUUAAAAUUAUUUUAUUUCUUGUAAUAUAUAUUAAUUAUUUUUUGUGAUACAGAGCUGAUUGACUUCA